UGAUAGGUACCGCCCUAUCAUUAAAAUGUCAUUUGACGUUCUCUUUACUUGUAACGGUAUUAGUGAAAUGAAUACUAUGAAGGAUGAAUAAAAGAGCUCGCACGUCCGGCUGCGGCCUUCUUUACGUGCUGAGCAUCGAGACAAAUAACGACUCCUGUUUUUACUCUUCCGAGUGGCUUACUCUUCCCUUCUACGAAAACUUGAGACAGUUUAGUUGGCGACGGGGAAAUUGGACUUAGUGCGUGCAAUAUUUUUUUUUUUUGUUCGGUUAUAAAAAGUUCGUUUUUCCUCGCGGAGAACGAUUGGCCGGUGAGGCUUCCAAAACACUGAUUAAAAAAUAGUUGUGCGUGAGUCGGUCGUGAGAAGGGGGAGAUUCUAAGCAAAACGCGGUGAUUUUGUUGCUGGAAAAAGCCUCGUGCGGCGUUGGCAGCAGCCAUUUUGUUCACUCCGACGACUACGCCGGGUGUGUGUGUGCAACUGUAGCGGAUCGGAGGAGUGGAGCUUGUGUUCCUGUUUGCCGCAGGUGCCGUGCCGCAACCAAGAGGACCGAGAGCGCAAAUUAUUCGGGUAGUUCCUGGUGCCGGGAUUUGCAACCGGUGGGAGGAUUUCGGCUGGAUUCGGCUGAUUGGCUGCGGAGGUGCGGUAGUCGGUGGAAUUUCAUCGUAGGACGCCAUUUUGGACGCUGACUGGUCGGCGACGCGACGCGGCGAGCGUUGAUUUUCUUUGGUUGUUGGAGGAGCUGAAACGCAAGUGGGGCUUAUUGGCCACGGCGGAGUUCCUUCUGCUGUUCCGGGCACUGACGAUUUUUGGUGCUGGUGCGCUGAUCGAAGGACGAGUCAUCUACUGGGGGUUUGUGUUGCUUGCUGGCAAAGGCCGGGAAGGAGAUCGGUGAGUGAAAAGCUGUUUUAUUUUGAUCCCUGGAUUUGCAGUAAUUGAGAUUUUUUGUGUUUUUCUUUUUAUUUAUUUUUUUUCCUUGGAAAAUUUGAACUUUGAUUUUUUUUAACCUGAUUUUUGAUACCAAAACAUGGGUUCGAACGGGUUAGCUACCUCUAUUGAGAUGUUUAGAAAGGGUACGUCAUUUACGGACUGGUCCGAUCGACUAGCCUAUACCUUUCACGCAAAUCAAGUGCCGGUUGAUCGUCAGAAAUCUCAUUUCAUGACGAUCUGUGGUCCGUUUCUUUUUUCUCAAUUAAAAUUGCACUACAGCAAAGAUGAGCUGGAUAAGGCCACUUAUGCUGAUAUUGUGUCAAAAUUGAAACAAAAAUUGGACAAAACGGAGCCGGACUUAGUCCAACGCUUUCGUUUUAGUCAGCGAAACCAGCAACCUGAUGAAUCCAAUGAGGAUUUCGUGCAGGCGGUCAAGAUGCAGGCGGAAUUCUGUGGUUUUGGGGCGUUUAAGAACGUGGCCAUUAUGGACAGGGUCCUGGCGGGUCUUCUUGACGGGAAUCUCAAAGAGAAUUUGCUGAAGGAGGAAAGUUUGACUUUGGACAAGAUGGACAAGUUCAUCACAACAUGGAACAUAGCAAAACAAAACGUUAAAGCAUUAAACAAUCAACCUGGAGAAUCUCAAUUGGGACAGUACAGUUACUUUACACCAGAACAAAUUCAUUACAUUCAAAAGACAACAACACAAAGGCAAGGGUCUUCACGGUACGGAAAUUACAGACAAAAUGAUGGGUUGCAAGGGCAAAAUUUUCCAGAAAGGAGAAACAAUUCCAGAUUUCAGCCUUAUAAAAACUACAAUUCUGAUUCUCAAGUUUACACUAACCGAAGGUUCAAUAACCAAACACAACAACAAAGGUAUUUUCACAAAAGCUAUGAUAGGAGAUAUCCUCAGACUAGAAUUUCGUGUGAUUUUUGUGGGAAAAUGGGUCAUUCUAAGCAAAAUUGCUUCAAACUUGAUUACUUUAACAGACAAUUUGUGAAUUUCAUGGGUGAGAGUACUGCAGAUAAUUAUUCCUGCAAUGAAGGUGGUGAAAUUGAGUACGCAAAUGCGGAAAUGUUCAACCAAAUAGAAAACUUUCAAGAUAAUAACGACCAAUGCAUGAAAAUUUUUACUGUUUUGAACACAACUUAUGUUAAGCUGGAUGAAACACAAAUAGAGGACCAAAUGUGGAGCGAGGACAAGAAAACGCGAUGGCGCCUAGUUGCACGAAUCGUCGUGUUGUGGACUCGAAGGAGAUCGGUGUCGGCUGGAAGCGCGGUGUGGCUAGCGCAUCGCGAUCAGCUUAAACCACAUUACCAGCAACAAGACGAACGGCCGAACCUGAUGACGCCGUUCGAGAAGUCUGCGCCGGACGCGGCAGUGGUGGAUUUGGACGUUGAGAUGCUGAAUUUAGACGAAGAUAUGUUGGGGGCCGGAUACGGCGGAAGCGGCUUGUUCCGGGGUUUCCCGGAAGCUGCAACGGCACGAUUCAGAAGCCGGAAGUGA